CCCCCAGAUCAUGUGAUUCAGGUGUUCCAAUCCCCUCCCAAUCAUGUGAUUCAGGUGUUCCAAUCCCCUCCAUAUCAUGUGAUUCAGGUGUUCCAAUCCCCUCCAUAUCAUGUGAUUCAGGUGUUCCAAUCCCCAUCCAUAUCAUGUGAUUCAAGUGUUCCAAUCCCCUCCAUAUCAUAUGAUUCAAGUGUUCCAAUCCCCUCCAUAUCAUGUGAUUCAGGUAUUCCAAUCCUCUCCAUAUCAUGUGAUUCAGGUGUUCCAAUCCCCUCCCAAUCAUGUGAUUCAGGUGUUCCAAUCCCCUCCCAAUCAUGUGAUUCAGGUAUUCCAAUCCUCUCCAUAUCAUGUGAUUCAGGUGUUCCAAUUCCCUCCAUAUCAUGUGAUUCAGGUGUUCCAAUCCCCUCUCCAAUCAUGUGAUUCAGGUGUUCCAAUCCCCUCCCAAUCAUGUGAUUCAGGUGUUCCAAUCCCCUCCAUAUCAUGUGAUUCAGGUGUUCCAAUCCCCUCCAUAUCAUGUGAUUCAGGUGUUCCAAUCCCCUCCCAAUCAUGUGAUUCAGGUGUUCCAAUCCCCUCCCAAUCA